AUGGCCGGCCUGGUGCGCUCGUGCUCCCGGGCGAAGAUCUUGCCCGUCACCACGGGGAUCAUCCGCAACGCGGGCACCUGCCUCGCGCUCGAGCACGGCUGCAUGACGGACGCGCGCGCCGAGGCCAUGUCCAGCACCAUCCGCGCCUCGUCCGCGGGCGUGCGGGAGGCGCGCCUGCGUUCGAACGGCCUGUCGCAGCAGGGGGCGGCCUACCUCCUGGAGGCGCUGCCCGAGGACGUCGUGUCCGUGGACAUCUCGCAGAACAGCCUCGGGCACGACGCCAGCGCGCUCUGCAGAGCGCUCAGCAGGCUGACCAACCUGCGUAGCCUCAGUAUGUCGGACAGCCAGAUUCACGACUCGGGCUGCAAGGCUCUCAUGGGCUGCCUGGCGGCGUGCAAGCAGCUCGUCUCCCUCGACCUGAGCGGGAACUCCAUCUACCACGGCGGUGCACAAAUCGGGUCCUUCGUGGAGAGGCACAGGACGCUGGAGAGCCUGGACGUCCACUGGAACCACAUCUCCGGCGACAGCGGCCGCGACCUCGCCCGGGGCAUCCGGGAGAACGGGUCCGCCGCGGGCGCGUUGAGGAACGUGAACUUGUCCUGGAAUCCUCUCGGCAAGGCUGGAGGCGAAGACACCUGCCGACAGCUGGCGCAAGCCUUCUCGCUGGGAAAGCUGGAGCACGUAGACCUGAAGAAUUGCGACCUGUCGGCUGCCCUCUGCCGGAUCCUCGCCGACGGAAUGAGGGAGAACACCUCAGUCCUCGGCAUCCACAUCGAGGGCAACGGCCUCCUGGAGAUGCCAGGGGACGGCUGGGUGGGUGCGCGCGUGGACCCGUGGGGCUUCCUGCUCGUGCGGCUGAGCUACGUGCCGGGCAUCUCCGGGCCCGAGCUGCCGCCGGGCGCGCCCACCGCGUGGGUGUUCACCUCCGCCGACUCCUUCGCGAGGGGCGUGAGGAUGACGAGGUUCGGGGAGGAGCUCGUGGCCUACCUCAUGGCCCCGCGGGGCCAGCUGCUCUACUGCUUCCAGGUGGGCGGCCGGCUGCUGACGUCCGCCACGUCGCGGCUCGCGCCGGAGCUGGCCGUCGGGAUGAGGCCGCGCCGCGUGCGGCGGGAGCCCGUGGGCGGCGAGGGCGCGGCGGGCCCGCUGGAAGCGGACGUCGUGCGCUUCAACGCCCUCCAGGUGUCCCAGCGCCCGGCGGGCGAGCGGGCGUGCCGGUGGCUCGUGCCCCGCCGGCCGGGCGAGCUGCGCGCGGGGGACGGCGGCCGGCCCGCGGAGUGGCACGUCGAGCGCUCCCUCUUCGCGCACCACGAGGACCCGCUGCGGCACCAGGGCUUCUGCGAGCGGCGCUUCGAGGUGGACUGGGGCCUGGCGUCCUGUGCGGAGCUCGUGGGCGAGGACGAGGACGCGGUCCGGGACUUCCUGGGGCGGGCCUACGGCGAGGUGCAGAUGCUCUACUCCUCGUUCUGCUCCGUCGACUGGGAGAACGCACAGCGCCGCCCCUCGGACCGGCAGUGGCCGCUGAGCUUCGGGGUGACGCUCCACGAGUACGCCCACCUCCUCGUGCAGGGCGCGCUGCUGACCGGCGAGUUCGGCCUCGGGGAGGCCGACGCGCACUUCGUCAUCGCGGCCGCGGCGCCCAGCCUGCUGGCCGCCCGCAAAGCCGCCGCGCGCGCGGCGCAGUGGCGCCACGACGUCCUCCACAGCGAGGUCGUCGAGGCGGAUGCCCAGACCAACCUGUGGGACCGCACGUGGCUCUGGAGGGCAUCCGCGAUGGAGCGCUUCGACGAGACCAGGAGCACAGACCACCUCGAGUUGUGGUUCGUCGAGUUCCUGGAGGCCAUGGCCCGGCUCGCGGCGCUGCUGCGCUCGCGCGCGCUCGCCGGCGGCCCCGACGACGCGCCGGAGGCCGGCCGCGCGGAGGACGGGCUUGGCCCAGUGCCCCCCGCCUUCGCGUUCGGACUGGACAAGGACGGGGUCAUGGACAAGGACGCGUUCGCGGGCCACCUCGACGCGUUCCUGGGCUCGGCCGCCGUGCGAGCGGCCGCUCGACCGCCGAGCGGCGGCGCGGCCCCGGCCUGA